AGCUGGUGGCGUUGAGGAGACAAGUACCACCUGACCCUCACUUUUCUUCCCCCCACACACGCACGCUGGUCCUCUUCCUUCAACAUUCCGACCUCGCUAUCAUGAGGCCGCAGUUACUCAAACUCCUGGCGGUGGCGCUAGUGAUGGCGUCUGCCGCUCAGGGGGACAAACUACCCGGAGGAGGACACGGCGGAGGACAUGGCGGGGGCAACAGACAAGGACAUGGCGGGGUGGGGGGCGGGGGUUUAGGCUCGGCGGGGGGCCUGAGUAGUUCGUACAGUUCCAGUUCUUUCAGUGGUAGUGGUGGUUCAACCGGCGCGCCCAGCCAGACGUACGGCGCCCCGCCCGCCCAGACCUACGGCCCUCCCUCGCAGACUCAGACCACUCAAUCACUUAGUCAGACUUAUGGACCACCUCAGUCAGGCCAGACACAGACCGUAAGUCAGACAUACAGUGCCCCAAACACACAGGCACCCUCCCAAAGCUACGGCACCCCACAAGCCUCCACUCCCAGCCAGAGUUACGGAGCACCCGGGGAGAGUCUCAAUCCUCCUUCUCAAACAUACGGAGCCCCCCAGCAGCCUUCUCAAAGUUACGGAACACCUCAACAGCAGCAAAGACCUUCCCAGAGCUACGGAACACCUCAGCAGACUCAGCAAAAGCCUUCACAAUCUUAUGGAACACCUCAACAACAGCAGCGGCCAUCACAAAGCUAUGGAACACCUCAGCAGCAGCAACAACAGCAACGCCCAUCACAGAGCUACGGAACACCUCAGCAGCAACAAAGACCGUCACAAAACUACGGAACACCUCAGCAGCAGCAACAACAGCGGCCAUCACAAUCUUACGGAACACCUCAGCAGCAACAGCAGCGGCCAUCACAAAGCUACGGAACUCCUCAGCAACAGCAGCAGAGACCGUCACAAUCUUACGGAACACCUCAACAAAGGCAGCAGCAACCUUCACAGAGCUACGGAACACCACAGCAGCAGCAACAGCCUUCGCAGAGCUACGGAGCACCCCAACAGCCCUCCCAGAGUUACGGAGCUCCACAACAAAGUCAGAACAAUGGUUACGGAGGACAACAGAAUAACGGGCUGAGAAAUGGCGGCGGCGGCAGCGGUUACGGUGGCGGACAGCAGAACGGGGGCGGAGGCGGAGGCUAUGGUGGUGGACAGCAGAAUGGCGGCGGCGGAGGUUAUGGUGGCGGACAACAGAACGGCGGCGGCGGAGGCUAUGGUGGCGGACAGCAGAACGGCGGCGGCGGAGGUUACGGUGGAGGCGACGAUCAAAUGAAGGGGAUGCCGUACGGGUUCGACUACGCCGUGCAGGACGCGUACUCCGGGGUGGACUUCUCGCAGAAAGAAGAAAGUGACGGCAACGUGGUGACAGGCGAAUACCGUGUUCAACUUCCUGAUGGCCGCUUGCAGAUAGUCACCUACACUGCUGACCACGAGAACGGAUUUGUGGCGGACGUGAGGUACGAGGGUGAGGCGCAAUACCCCUCAGGAAACGGCGGCGGUGGCGGUUAUGGCGGCGGCCAGCAGGGUGGCAGUGGAGGAGGUUAUGGCGGCGGACAGCAGGGCGGCAAUGGAGGCGGCGAUUACGGUGGCCAGCAGGGCGGCAGCGGCGGCGGCAGCGGUUAUGGCGGUGGACAGCAAGGUGGUAGCGGCGGUGGUUACGGUGGCCAGCAGGGCGGCGGCGGCGGCGGCGGAGGUAGUUACGGUGGCCAGCAGGGCGGCAGCGGCGGCAGCGGAGGUGGUUAUGGUGGCCAGCAGGGCGGCGGUGGCGGCGGAAGUGGUUACGGUGGCCAGCAAGGCGGCGGCGGCGGCGGCAGCGGCGAUUAUAGUGGCGGACAGCAGGGCGGCGGCGGUGGCGGGUAUGGUGGUCAGCAGGGCGGCAGCGGCGGCGGCAGUUAUGGCGGCGGACAACAAAAUUUCGGUCAAAAAGUGAACGGAGGAGGCUACAGUGGCGGCAGCAAUUUCGGCAGUGGCGGCAGCACAGGUUACGGAAGAAGGAAGUAACUGAAAGGCACCACCACGCAUGUCCCUCCUCCUCCUCCUCCUCCUCCUCAUGGUAACACCUAUUCUUUCAAGUCAACAGUGACGCGUUAAUAUCUGACAUUUGGAUGAGUGACGCCGGGAAUGCGAUCUCUAGCUAUCUCUUCAGCUUUGAACCGACUCACCCUCCAGGGCACAGAGAGAGAGAGAGAGAGAGAGAGAGAGAGAGAGAGAGAGAGAGAGAGAGAGAGAGAGAGAGAGAGAGAGAGAGAGAGAGAGAGA